UUGUUACAGAAUGGACGGGGAUCUGUGGCCGAGGGGCGAGCGGCGCCGGGGAGGCAGGACCGGCUUAAGACCAUUCUGGCUUUACUGUCUCUGCUGUUCCGCUUUGUUGUUUCUCAUUGUUACCCUGCAGGUGGUGGUUGAACUAGGCCAAUUUGAAAAGAAAGCAGUCAAAAGUGAGAACAAGCACAAAGAUGGACUGGAGGUUUGGAAUCACGUGAAAGAAACAAAUGGUUUGUUGAACAUCGCAGAGAAAUAUUCAGACGUGGGCAUCCAACAUCCCAUUAUUGUCUGGUGGUCUCCAUUGACUGGUGAAUUGGGCCGAAUAGGUCGGUGUGGAGCAGAUACCUGUUACUUUACCAUAAAUAAGACUUACCAAGAUCAUCAGAUGACGAGAGCGUUCCUCUUUUAUGGUACAGACUUCCAGAUCAACAGUUUGCCGUUGCCUCGGAAACAUCAACACGAAUGGGCCUUGUUCCAUGAAGAAUCCCCUAAAAACAAUUACAAGCUUUUCCACGAGCCCACCAUCACGUUAUUUAAUUACACUUCCACAUUCAGCCGCAACUCUCACAUGCCCCUGACCACCCAGUACUUGGAGAGCAUCGAGGAGUUGAAAACCCACAAGUACUUGAUCCCGUUGUCUCGGAAGAAUCAGCUGAGAGAACAUCUAGCACCAUUAGUGUAUGUACAGUCUGAUUGCGAUCCACCUUCGGACAGAGAUAGCUACGUCCGGGAAUUGAUGAAAUACAUCCCAGUGGAUUCUUACGGGGCGUGUUUGCAUAACAAGGACCUUCCCAGUCACUUGAAGGAUCCCACAACCAUGGAUGAUGAUGGACUUUACAAGAUUCUUGCUCAGUACAAAUUUAUCCUCGCUUUCGAGAACGCUGUUUGUGAUGAUUACAUCACGGAGAAGUUGUGGAGAUCUUUCAAGCUGGGAGUGGUUCCGGUUUAUUAUGGCUCUCCCAGUGUAGCUGACUGGCUCCCCAGUAAUAAAAGCGCUAUCCUUGUCGAGGGUUUCUCACACCCCAAGGAAUUAGCGGAGUACAUCAUGCACUUGGACAGCAAUGACCAAGAGUAUGGGGUCUUCCUCGAGUGGAAAUGGAAGGGUCCCAAGUCCAAUGAGAAACUGCUGACUGCAAUGAAGGACCGCAAGUGGGGGGUUCGGGAUCUUUCCCGGGAUAAUUACAUUGAUGCCUUUGAAUGUCUUGUGUGCAACAGUGUGUGGGAAAAUCACAGAAGAAAGGAAAAGGGUUUAUCGCCAAUUCAGUGGCGGGCACGAGCCAAUCACCUGAGUUGUCCAGAGCCAGUGGCAUUCACUUUCCUGUCGCCCUCGACAGGGAGGGCAGUUAUGCGAGAGUUGUGGCUGCCCAGUUUCCAUCAGUCAAAACGUGAAGCGGCUGCUUUAAGGCGGCUCGUGGAGCGGAACCGAAACUUUACAACCGAGCAGUUCUGGAGAUUGGUGUUUGAGGAACAACUUUAAUUUUAUUUCUCAGAAAACAAAAAAAAAUCCAUUCUUGGGUUUCUUCUGAGGAAUCACAUGAAAAAUGCAUCGAAUGAAGGCAAUGCAAGGUUUCUUACCAGUGAGAGAGAGAAAAAAAGAAACAGUCCAGCGAUUACUAAGUGCUGUAGUGCCUCCGUGCAUCUUUUAGAAGUUCCACAUCAGUAACUGUUUAGUGUGAUGUGAAUUAACUGUAGCAUCUGUCAGUUGAUUGUAACUUGGAGCAAGUGAUGUUUUCUUAUGUGCAGGAGAUUUCCUCAAUAGGAACCAUUUCAAAUCUCAUGGACCUUGAAAUUAUGCUGCGGCAGGAGUUUAAAUGCUGAACAAGUUCUUCUGAAGAUCCUCUCUGCUAUUUUCAAGGAAGCAUUAACCCCUUCAAAUUCAUCAACAAAUUCCCUCCACUGGAAUAAAUGAGAAAUGAAUCUGAGACAAAAGUUCUAAAUGUCGGUGCUUAAUGGCUGUCAUUAAGACCAACCAUUUUUUACUGCUACAACAUGGAAAAAAUACAUUACCAGAGACCCAGGUAAUGUUCUGGAGACCCGGGUUUGAAUCCUGCCAUGGCGUAUGGAAUUUGAAUUCAAUAAAAAAUAUCUGGAAUUAAGAAUCUAAUGAUGACCAUGAAUUUAUUGCCCAUUGUCAGGAAAAACCCAUCUGGUUCACUAAUAUCCUUACCUGGACUGGUCUACAUGUGACUCCAGACCCACAGCAAUGUGAUUGACUCUGAACUGCCCUCUUGACAAUUAGGGAUGGACAAUAAAUGUUGUCAAGCCAGCAACGCCCUUGUCCCUUAAAUGAAUUUUAAAAAACUUGCUUCUAUUGUAAAGGCAGAGCUGGGAUUGUCGCUAAUGGCUUGCCUGGAUGACUGCAAACUUAACACCAGUCAAGAAAAAGCAGCCCACUUGAUCAAGAGCUUAAGCUUAAACAUUUGGAGACCACAAGGACUGCAGAUACUGGAAUCCAGAGGCUAUAGGUAUGAGGCUCCUUGGAGGGGCAGGCAAGUCAAUGCUUCGGGGCGAAACCCUUCAUCAGGGCAGAUGCAUGGUGGCAACAGUGUGCACCAUCUACAAGACACACUGCAGCAAUUCACCAAGACUCCUUCGACAGCAUAUUCCAAACCCCUGGCAUCUACCAUCUAGAAGGACAAGGACAGCAGAUACAUAAGAAUACCACUCCCUGCAGGUUGCUUUUCAAGCCACUCAUUAUCCUUGCUUGGAGGUACAUUGCCUUGCAUUGCGUCAGUAUCCUGGCCUUCCCUUCCUAAUGGCAUUGUGGGUGUACCUACAUCAACUGGAUCACAGCAGUUCAAAAAGGCAGCCCUUAGGGUAAUUAGGAAUGGGCAGUAAAUACUGGCUUAGCCAGUCAUGCCCACAUCCCAUGCUGAAAUGAAAAAAAAAUUGCCACAGCAUCUGUUCAAGGUCGUGGUUACCAGGGCUCAGAGGUAAAAUCUAAGCUGAUGGAGUAAAUUACAUGUAGCUGCAUAUUAAACUAAACUGACAUUAACUGACUACCAACAUAACGCAGACUGGGAUUUCACAAUGAGAAGAACAUGUAGAAAAUUUGAUCUAACUAAUGGAGAUUGUGAAAUUCUCAGUAGUCUGGAACAUAACCUUUGUCUUUCCCUGUCUGCUGCUGAAACACUCGUUCAAGCUUUUGUUACUAUUGGAUUCAACUAUUUCAAUUUUGCCUUGGACACCUUCCUACUUUAUAUCAUCGGUGACUUAAAGUGGAUCUGGAAUAUUUGCUGUCCAUUUCUUACCAAUUUCACUAUUAAAUGAGUAACAUUAGUACCAUAAUAUGUUUGUUCUGUUACCUUUCUUCCAAGCUGUGGUUGAUACAUUCAGUAUAUAUGAACAUAUUAAUUGGUAUGCUGAGAAUCACUGCCAUAGUUGGGUCUCUAGAUUCUGCUUGUGUUCGUAAAUCUGUCAAAAUAUCUUAACUUAGAGUUUUGUAACUCCCUGCACGCUAUUUGUAUCCUGUGUAUUUAGUUUUAUAUCUGACAGCCUUAAGCAAAAGUUUUUUUAUUACUAGUAAGGUAUGAACUGGUGAUUUACUGCUGUAACUGUAUUUUCUAUUUUUUUCUAAAGCAACACUGUAUUUUGUUAUCAGAAAAGCACAUUGAAGGAGAUGUGGAGUGAUGCUGAUGUAACUACAAAGGACUGUAUAUAGUCACGGGUAAAAAUUGGAGAAUUGA